AUGGGGAGAAGCUAUGCCAAUGAAAGAUGGCGUGAAGAUGGAUUUUACAUGGCGGAGCCCGAUGAAGAAGAUGAAUCUUUAUCCUUAUGCGAUCUUCCCAUAAAUCUAGUCAAAGACGACAAUCCCCAUUUUCUCUCAGAAAUUAAACCCAGAGCCGGCGAGACUCCCGUUGCCGCCGCUGACGAUGAAUUUGAUUUCGGCUUUUUACGGGAUUUCAGUAAUUCCGCCGCUCAGCCGCUGCCGGAAAUGUGUCUGGCCGAUGAGGUUUUCUACCAGGGCCAACUUUUACCUGUUCGCCUCUCUGUUAGCUCCGACAAUACCUCCGCCAGAUUCUACCACCGGCACGGCUCCGGCUCCGGUUCGUUUGCGAACUUUAGAAGCAUCAAUAGCAGCCGAAGCAGUAGUAGUAGAAGCCAGUGCUCUUCCUCGAGCGCAACUAACAAUUCCUUAACAACUACCUCGGCCGCAAGAAUUUCGCGGCUCACAGUCCCGAAUUUAUUCCACUCCCACCCGAGUCCUAAACCCCAAAUUAAAGCCUCCCCGACCACAUUCCGACAGGCGAACACCGGCGGAGGCCGCCAGAAAUCCUCCUCCCCGUGGGAUUUUUUCCGGCUAGGAGUAGUGAAAACGCCGGGAAUGGAAUUGCAGGAUCUCAAACACCGGAGCAGCACGAGGAGGAACUCCUCAGUCAGCCGAAGCAACAGCGGGAAGGCCUUUAUUCCGGCUGCCGCCAUCGCCGCAAGCAACGAGAGCAGCGUGAAGGAGAUGACGAGGAAACCUCGUGCAAGUGUAUCGAUAGAGAGGAAAGGCGGAGGAAUUCUGAGCGGAGUUGGGUGUAAGUGUUCGGUGGAUUCGACGGUGGCGCCGGCGCCGAAGGCAGUGGUGGUAAGGAGGAGGAAGGUUAACGGUAAGAAUAUUCCGGCGCAGGCGAUGAGGGAAUUAAGGAUAAAGAAGGUGGAGAAGGAAAAAGAGGAAGAGGAAAAGUUAGCAUUGUCUCGUCAACGGACAUUUGAAUGGCUAAAGGAACUCUCGCAUGCAACCUUUCCCUGUGAGGCUUAG